AUGGGGCCUAGACAAGAGGUGGCCGAAACGACCUCUGUGGGGCAUCAAGGAGCCAGGCAGACGCGCCACGAACACUCAGGGUUGUGGGUUCCAAGAGACGUCUUGGACCCACUGGAUCAGGGAAAUCUCUCCAGUCUCUUCUUAGGUCCUGGUGACCCGGAAUCCAGGAGAGAGGACCCUGAAGCAAAAACAAGAACCAAGGCGAACUUCAAUGUCACCCUCGGCCCCCAUCUAUCCAGUUUUAUAAGAAGGGGCAGAAGAGAAACUCAUCUUUCCUCCUCCCAAUUAUUACAGGUUUUGUUCACAACUGAGGAGCGAGAACGGAUCCUGGUGGAGACACGGAAACUUGUUCCUGGUCCAACUGGGGUCCCCACCAUAAACCCUCCUGACAUCGAUGCUGGAUUUCCCCUUGUCUGCCCCAGUUGGGACUAUAACACAGGAGAAGGUAGGGAGCAACUCAAGGUCUACCGCCAGGCUCUAUUGGCAGGUCUUAAAGCAGCCACUAGGAGGCCCACUAAUUUGACUAGGGUGUAUGACUUAAGGCAGGAAACAAAUAAAAGCCCCGCUGCUUUUCUGGAACGAGUGAUAGAAGCCUUUAGGCAAUUCACCCUGUAUGAUCCAGAGCUUACAGAUCAUAAUUCAACCGUGGCUACACCCGAUAUUAAGAAAAAGCUACAAAAAGUUGAGCACCUUGGAAAAAAGACUCUCCAAGACUUACUAAAAAUAACAGAAAAAGUGUAUAAUAACAGGGACAAUGCUGAGAAAAAAACAAAUAAAGAUUAA